AUGAUCCAUGCUUCAUCGUCUUCUUCUUCCUCAGAUGACGAUCAUUUAGAUGAAGAGGAUUUUGAAUUGAUCGAAGAAAAUACAGGUCGGAGGAUUAAACCUGCUAAGAAAUUUAAAAGGCUCCAAAGGAGAAUUAGAGACGAUGAAAGUUCAUCAGAUUUUGAAGACGAAGUGGUAUCAGCAGCUAAAUCUCACACGGCCCCAUUAGAAAAUAUGUUCGAUGAAUCUGAAGAAAAUUUCCAAAAGUCAAGGAAAUCAUUCCAAAAACUGAGCUCUUCCCGGUAUUCAGAUGAGGCGGAUUUUUUUGAGGAUGAAGAGGAAGAGGAGGAAGAUGACAUUGCUAAUUUUAUUGAAGAGGAUAUGGACAAUGAGGAAGAUAAUACAUCCAGAUUAGACCAGAAACUAAACAAAUUGCAUAAAAGCUCAAGUGCAUGGCAAGAAAUGAAUGAUAUUUUUGGCGAGGGCUUUGAUUUAGAGAUGUCCCUAGAGCCUCAGGAUGAUAUUUCCAUAAGAUCAAAAAGCGUUUCCCUUGAUGAGAUCUAUGAGCCUGCCGAGAUUGCAGCCAAGCUUUUUACAACAGAAGAUGAAGCAAUCAGGGUGAUUGAUAUCCCAGAGCGUAUUCAGCUAAGAGAUGGGCAUCAAAGGCCACCAAUCUCCGAAACGGAGCUACGAAUGGAGAGUGUCUAUAUUGCGUUUAAAAUUGAAAAGCUCGCAAAGCGGCCACUGACGGAUGAGUUUAGAAAGCAAUUCCUGAACGCCAUUGCGGCAAUUCUAAAAUUUAUACGAGAAGAUUUUUUUGAGAUCCCUUUUAUUGCGACACACAGAAAGGAGUAUUUUCAAGAGUACCUUUCUCUUGAUGACCUUUGGGCAAUUUAUGAUUAUGAUGAGAAAUGGAAGAUACUGCAGGAAAGAAAAGCAAAAAUACUAUCUUUUCUUGAACUUCGCGAAAACUCCUCAAUCGACGAAACUCAUCUUAUUCACUACCUGAAUAAAGCCGAGCUUGAAGAGGAAGAUAUGGAGGAUUGCUUGGAAUAUAUCAAUUAUAAGUAUGGAAAGGAUUCGUUUAGCACAUCUUCGAGUGUUAACAGCGGCAAAUCUACUGCAUUUAAACGCCCGGUCAGCAUGAUUAAGAGGAUUGAUGGCAAAUCUGAACUGCUUUCCUCAAAAAGCCCGAUUUUGCACGAGUUUUUACCGAAAAUUGGCAUUACUCCGCGUCAAUUUGGUAUCAAUUUGACCGAUAUGAUGAAGAGAUUUGAGCCUGAAGAUGCGACGGUUUCACCGCAAACUCUGAUCCAGAGUAUGGUAUCCACUAACAAUUCAGACCCAGAAGUUAUCAAGGAAAAUGCGAUAUCUCUUUUGGCCAAAGAUUUUUCAAUGGAGCCUUUUGUGAGAAAGGCAUUUAGAGCGCUUCUUGGGAAUUCUAUAUUUAUAUCGACUCAUCCAACAGAAAAAGGCAUCCAUGAAAUCAGCGCUACUCACGAAUAUGCACACAUCAAGUUCCUUCAGAAAAAACCGAUGUUUGCGUUCGUUGAUUCCGAGUUUCUGGAGCUACUGGAGGCAGAAAAGGUAAAUCUUCUAAAUGUGGUGAUUGAUGUUGAAUUUGAGGAAAGGUACUAUCGCCAAGUUGAGUCUUUUUUUAUGAGCGAAACAUACUCCCUCAAUGCUGAGAAAUGGAAUCCGUUUAGGAAGCAAAUUCUGAAGGAUUGCGUCGAUAACCACAUUAUGCCGUAUUUGAAAAAGAGAUUUUGCCAGAAAAUGAAGAAAGAUGCUCUUGAGACGGUGGGAAAGUUUUGCCAGCAUUCACUGACAGAAAAGCUUUUGUUUGGAAAAUUUAUACAGCCAGAAUCUUCGAGCAAUUCUCCUUCUACAUUUAUGGCCGUAAGCUGGUAUGAUGGCGCUCCAGGGUCCCUGACAUACGCUGUUGUAAUUAAUGAAGAGGGUGCUUUGGUCGAAUCUCUUCGGUUAUCAAAUAUGUUGGAUCGGAACAAAAAGCCGGAAGACUUGGAAAAGCUUUCCGAGUUCAUCGCUAAGCACCAGCCCUGUGUUAUUGGAGUAUCUGGCAUCAGUCCUAAUGUCAAAUAUUCGCUCCUUGCCGACAUCCAGAAGCUUGUUAGUGAGCUGAAAUUGUCCGGAAAG